AUGAACAAUAUUUGCAAAGAUGCAAUGACAGAAUCACACCCAAUGAACGGUGGAAAUGGAACAUAUAGCUACACCAAGAACUCCUAUAUCCAGGAAACAACUACAAAUGUUGCUAGGUGUAUGAUCCAUAACGCAAUUGCAGAUAAACUUGAUAUAAGCAAAUUAUUCACCAAUUUUGUUGGAUCAUCAUCAAACAUAUUUCGCAUUGCUGACUUCGGAUGUUCAGUUGGACCAAACACGUUUACUGCAGUGGAAAACAUACAAGAAGCUAUUCAACAAAAGUACCUAUUACAAUCUCAUGAACUCCACAAUUCUUCUUCUUCUUUAGUGAUGCCCGAGUUCCAAGUAUUCUUUAAUGAUCAUGUCACCAAUGAUUUCAACACUCUUUUUUCUUCUUUGGCCGUUGGCAAAAGGUGCUACUUUACUGCCGGCGUCCCGGGAUCUUUCCAUGGUCGACUAUUUCCUAACUCCUCCCUCCAUUUCGUGCACUCCUCCCUUGCUCUUCAUUGGCUAUCUACAAUGCCGAAGGAGUUGGUUGAUGAGAAUUGUAUAGCAUGGAACAAAAGUAGAGUUCACUACACCAACGCUCGAAUAGAGGUUUACAAAGCUUAUGAAGCUCAGUUUUGUAGGGACAUGACUCAGUUCUUGGAAGCUAGGGCUAUAGAGCUCGUGGUUGAUGGUUUGAUGGUGCUAAUUAUGCCAGCAGUUCCAGAUAAUGUCCCUCUUUCUCAAAUGCAUUUGGGUGUGAUCUAUGAUAUUCUUGGAUGUGUUCUUGUGGAUUUAUCAAAGGAAGUAAGUUAUAUAUCUAAUUUUUAUAAUUUUUGAGUUAUAAUUUCAAGUACUUAAAUAUUUUAUUAACUAUUUUUUUCUUCAAUUUGUUUUUGAUAUUUCAUACUCUCAUCUCAAAGCC